UUAAGGCGGGCAGUUAAGAUGGCGUUGUAUUCUGCUGAUCGUUGUGUAAGGGUCCCCCAGCCCCGGAACUGUGUCCGGAGGUUGAUUAUUAGCGGCUGGAGUCCGGGCAAUGGACCUAGAUCAGAAGCGGCAGGCUUUGGGCAGGGAGCCGGUGAAUGGUGGUCGCCACCAUUUCCCUCUGUGGCGCGGAGGCCGAGCACCCAGAGCCGAGCCGCGGCUGGGAUUCUGGAGCCCACUCCCGUCAGGAACCCUACCAGGCGGGGGGCAGUAGUGCAGGGGACCCGGCUCUCAAAAGUUCUCACUGUUCUAAAGUUAUACCGCACACAACGCAUAGCUGGCAGUGACCCUCCCGCCGAACGAUCCCCAUCAGCGGCUGGGAGUGUGACAUUCCCAUUGGAAAGGGACCUUUCCGCCCAGAACAGGCAGCUCAGUGAUACUGAUAUGUACAUGAUGUAUGUUAACGGGUUUACUAGCCAUGGCAGCAGUUUCUCCUGCCGGCCCUUGCCUCCUCAGUCGAGGAAUGACAAAUAUCUCCAGGGCCUUUGGUGCUUUCGGACUUUUAAACGGUCAUUCGUCACAAAUGGCUGGGCAUCACCCCUGGAUAGUAACGGAUGCUGGCAUUCUGUCACCAAUGUACAUCCCCAGUGGAGGUCCUAUGGCUGCUUUAAAGAUGGCAACAGGUUCUCUGGAAGAAAUAAUUCUGCUCCACUUCCUCGAAGAAGCAACACUCUAUACUAUGAUAUUUUGAAAAUCUCUCCCAAUGCCACCCAGAGUCAGAUCAAAUCCGCAUACUACAAGCAGUCACUUCGUUACCAUCCGGACAGAAAUGCAGGAAGUGAGGAAGCAGCGUUAAGGUUCACUCAAAUAAAUGAGGCAUAUUCCGUGCUAGGAAGCGUGACCCUGAGGAAGAAGUAUGACCGGGGAAUUUUGACAGCAGCAGAUUUACGUGGUGGGAAGAAACCCUUGGAGAAAGCCCAAUCCACAACGACAAAACAAUCUCAAGCGUGGAGCUCAUCAAAUAACUUGAACUCCAAGAAAUCGAUGUUCAAUUUUGAUGAGUUCUACAAAGCCCAUUAUGGGGAGCAAUUGGCCAGAGAGCAGACCCAACGCUGGAGACGGAUGCAGCUUCGCAAAAACAAGGAAAGUCUGGAGAGAAAAUGGCAAUUACAGAAACUAAUCGAGAUGACAGUGACUGCUAUGCUUAUUGGAGGAUUUUUUCUACUGUUCAGUAUCAGUAAUAAAUAAACGAAUAAGGCUUUCUCAGGGAGCCGUGAUUUGAAUUUCAUCGUAAUUUUGUGAGUGUCAAAAUAGUACUAGACACAUAUGGCAAUCUGGUCAAACAGGAGGGAACACAUUAUAGGAGCCAGCGUUUGUAAUAUCGUGGCAGUAGCUGCACCAUUCUUGAGAUUACACUCCACCGUUUAUUCUUGGCUGUAGCACUUUUUUUAAAAUUCAGUCAAAUUAUUGUUUGGUAAAAUAACCAGAAAGCAAAUUUUAGAAAUAUGAAAUUAAAAAAUGGGAGCACGCUGGAGAUAUGAAGCAAGUCAGUCAGCAUGUGCUUAGAGAAAAGGCAGGUUUCAGAACUUCAGAACCUCUUUACUCAUUACAGACACUGACCUAUUGUGAAUAUUUAUCAAUCUUAUUCAUAGAACUUUCUAAUUUCUUUCUGGCUCUAUGACUAAUACACAGAAUCAAUUGUAGUCUAUUUUAUAUGGUCACUGAAGCUAAUGCUGUGUAAUUUGAAAAUAGCUAAUGUCUGUACUGUGACAGUUGAUAACAUUGAAUUCUAAAAUGAUUUUGAAAACUGGAAUCUUUUCAUGUCAGGAAAUGAGAGUAACUGCAGACAUUGUCACUACAGCACUUGCAGUAUAAAUGCAAACUGUGUGAAACCAAGCCCACAGUAAGAUUCAUUGAUAAUGGGAAUUGCAGAUGCUGGAGAAUCCAAGGUAACAAAGUGUGGAGCUGGAUGAACACACCAGGCCA